AUGCCGGAGCUGAACGUCGUCAUCGUGGGAGCUGGCAUUGCCGGCCUGACUUGCGCCAUCACGCUGGCCCGGUACAAGGACGUCAAGGUCACUGUCGUCGAGAAAUAUCCAUCGAAUAGCCAGAUUGGCAACGGCAUUCAAAUCCCUUGCAAUGCCGCUCGCGUGAUGCAAAAGCUGGGCCUGCUGGAUCAGCUCAUCAGGCUCUCGCACGGCCCAUCGACAGGCACGAUAACGAUGAACUAUUCCGACGGGAAAGUCAUCAACGAGCGAGACUUUACCAACUAUCGCGAGCGAUAUGGCUCCCCGUGGCUGCUCGCCCAUCGCGUCGAUUACAUGAAUGUGCUGUAUACCGAGGCGUGCAACUUGGGAGUCAAGUUCAUGUUCGGGUGCGAGGUCGAGGACCUUGACUUUGACAAGACCGUGGCGCGGCUGAGCAACGGAGACGUCGUUCAUGGGGAUGUCAUUGUUGGCUGUGACGGAGUCAAAUCGGUGGUCCGAUCCGUCAUGCACCCCACGAUAGAGACCGAAAACGACGAGUCUUUGGCAUACCGAGCCCUCUUCACCCCGGAGCAGGUCGCCAAACUCUCCCCCGAGGCCGCCAAGGCGAUCAACCAGCCCUCGAAAUGCCUCUUCUGGCUCGGCGCCGACAUCCAGAUCGUCUUCUACAGCCUCCGGGGCGGCUCGGUAUACAACCUGGUCGUGUCCGUCAUCGACGACGACCUCAACGCCAGGACCGAGGAGGGCGACAGCCUCGCGCUGCUGCGCCAGAGGUUCGCCGACUGGGAUCCCGCGCUGCAGGAACUAAUGGGCACCGCGGACGGGGUGGCCCGCUUCCAGCUGCUCAAGGUGCAGGACCCGCCGUUCUGGUCGCGCGGCAAUGUAACCCUCAUGGGUGAUGCGGCGCAUUAUAUGCUGCCCUACCUCGGACAGGGGGCCGCCAUGUGCGCCGAGGACGGAUUCGUGUUGGGCACGCUGCUCGGCCGCAUGACGGAGCACGUGAAUAGUAACGUUGAUAUCCAGGGGGGCGGCAUGCAUGCCAACAGCGCACCAAGGGACUACGCCCGUGUUGUCCUGGAUGCCUACGAGGGGCUUCGCCACCAACGCCGCCUGCGCGUGGCCAAAUACUCGAGGGCGGCAGGUGAGAUUAGCCACAUGCCCGACGAGGACGCGCAGCAUAUCCGGAGUGACGGGACCUACGACUACGACGAGGAGACGUGCAUCAGCGACUGGCCUUGGAUCGAUUCGCGCUGCAUCAAGUUUCUGCUGCUGUAUAAAGCCGACGAGGAGGCAGAGCGUGAAUUUGCCCGGCUCGUCGCAUCCGGCGCCUUGGACACGCGCAACAGCCCGGCCCAAUCUGGCAGUGAGCCUUUGGACAUGAGAGUUGGUCUUGGAGAGGGCUUGCGUGCUCGAUAA